AUGAUGAGCUCCGACGAAUCGUCUGAGCUAUCAUCGGUUCCGUCUGAUAAUGAUUGCGAUCUCCAUCUGAGCAAAAAAGACGGAAUACUUAAGUUCUUUACAAAACAAGAUACAGUAUCUACUUUCUCCGAAUCUGAGGCCUCCCCGCCACGAUCAAAACGAAGCCCCUCACCACCUCACGAUUACAUACUUGGAGAUAAUCCUGACAUUGCUUUUAUUGUGAUGUUUCGAAGUCGAUUCACAGAAGCUUUCCCAAAAUCACUAGUUAAUUUUGGUCCGCAAGAGCUCGAACAAGAUAUUUCUAGCCCAGUACUUGGAGAUAGUGUUGAAAGCUUCUUGUGUGCAUUGCUGGGCUUACUGCUGAACAGGAAGCAAGAUGUCAAGCCUGGUCAUUAUCAGAGAGCUCUUGAGGAAGCUAUUCAAACACACAAAUCUCAAUGGGCAAAAGACUGGGAAGGUAAAUCACCUUUGGCAGGCGGCGUAACUUUUGUAUCAAUGACUACCAUUCAACGGCUCACUCUUCUUCGAAUUCUUAUUCUCUGGGCUCUCUCUUCAUCCGAGGUAGUGAAGGGAAUUAUACAGUCCUCCUACAAGCAAAAUCGACAAGAAGACGAUCUCAAUCAGGCACUUUCUGUUCAGCCGUGGGGCUGCGAUAGUGAAAAACGUCGCUAUUAUCUCAUCGAAGGACUAGAUGACACUCAGUUUCGAGUAUACAGGGAGAGUAAUUACAAAAAUCUAAAGCGCACGUGGUGGAGCGUCGCAAGUAAUAUUGAUGAGCUAAAAGCACUCGGAGAAAAGCUUCGAUUGCACGAUGAUGGCCAGAAAGCAAGACUUUUGAGUGGCCGUAUACUAGCUGCCAUUCCAAGGUUUGAAACUGCAGAAGAAAAACGUAAACGGCGGGAACAUCGGACAACGCGAAAACAGCAAACUAGACGUCCAGAAUUCAAUUAUUCGCUAUACGAGGGACGAACACGAGGAAAACGGAUUAAGUACACAUUCUCAGAUGAGGAUGAUGAAAAUUCAAAUAUAUUCACCACAUCUCGUCGAUCGACAAGGAAUGAAGUACCUACAUCAUCAGACCAAAAUGGUCACACCGUAACUCAGAGUGGAAGACAAGUUAGGUCUCGACAAGGUGGAACGUAUGGUGAAAGUGUAGUCAAUAGCAAUCGUGCUACAGCCACUGGGAUCGAAGGAGAAGCAUCCAAAAGCAUUUCCUCUAACCCCGAUGAGUCGACAAAUAACAACAGUAUAACCACUGUUACACAAAUGAGCGAUGUCGAAGAAGACCAGGACACAGAAGAACAAGGCUACGAUGAAUAUGAUGAAUAUGACGAUGAAGAAAAUAAGGAAGAUGAGAUACUUCAAGAUAGUUAUCUUGAUGAUAUCCCUACCGAAGAUGAAAAAAAGGAACUAAAGUCAAGGGAGCUACUCGCAAAAAAUCCGGCCCACAAGUCAAUAACCGAGCGAAAAACGUUGAUCAAGUUACGAAUAAGUCCUGCAAAAGAGAAUAAUAAUACCAAUAGUAACCUGGCAUUUAAUUACACAAGUAGUGAUAAAAAGACGGUUAAUAACCCUGAAGAAAAAGAGGACCAGGUUCUAUUCUCAUCGAAGUCUACCCUAAAUUCUAUUAAUCCUGUUUCCGCAUAA